ACCUUUUCAACUUGCAUCUGAUCCCAACUCUUCAUCAUGAACCCUCAAUUACCUUCUUUAUUAGAACAUCUUGAAAAAGAGCAGCUGCAAAGCUUGAUUUCACCUUCUUUACUACAUAUUCUAGCUCACUAUGCCCAGAAAUAUCCACGAUAUCUUUUAAAGGUUCACAAGUAUUAUGAUGAAAUAUACUUUGCUCUUUCGUACCUUGUUGAACAAUUCUUUCUAAAGAAAUGGAACGCUACAAUGGUUGAGCAUUUGUUAAACUGGGAGCGGAAGUACGUUGGAUGGAAAUUACAAAGCGCAGGAAUCAAUCGUAAUAAGACUUAUAUUACUUGCAAUUUAAACAACACAGAUAAAAAACAAAAGUUGCUAACAUUGACGCUCUUUCCUUAUCUAAUUCGAAAACUGGAUGACUGUAUUGCAUCCUUAAGCAAAAGACUUACAACUCCUGGACUGUCAUUCCCUAAAGCAAGACUUUAUGGGUGCAUAAUAAAACUUUACAGGAAACUAAAGAGCUGUUGGAACAUAUUGACUUGGGUCAUCAGAAUCUUGUAUAUGUGCGGAAAGACACAGUACACCAAUGUCAUAGAUCUAAUCCUUCAUCAAAAAGUUAUCUAUGCUCAAAGAACUGAUAGCUCAAAUACCAGAAACGAUGCACCCAUAUCAGCGUCCACGAAGCUUCGUGACUUCAUUUUAGAGAAUGGAUUCACAGCUUUCAUUCUAGCGUUACGACUCUUAAACUGGUGGAAUGAAAAUGAUUACCAGAAAUACUUUUCUGUUUCCAAAACAUGGUUCACAAAUCUUGGACCACCCCGGACUACUAUGGCAAGUGACUAUCAUACGGGAACUAGUUGUCGGAUUUGCGGUUCAAUUAUUCAAAACCCGGCAGUCUUGACUACUGGCUUCGUUUUUUGUUAUCCCUGUAUCCAAGGCUGGGUUUCUGAGAACCAGUGUUGUCCUGUAACACGUGUUCCUUUAUUGAAUCCGGAAACGUCGUUUUGGAGAUUGAUGCUUUAAAAAUUUAAGCCUCCUGUUUCUCCAUUCUCGUUAAUUUCUCCCAAACUUUUUGGGUGCUUUCGAUUAAUCGGUUUUCGAGGUCGUCUGUGUCUUCCACUUUUGCGCUAGUGAACACAUUAUUAAUAGCAUCAAUUCUUCCGUUGAUUUUUCCGGUUACAAUUAGAUCCACAAGUGCUUGCUCAACAACGGGAACCGAGACAUCCAGGUACUCAGCCAAGAAGUCGAGCUUGACUUGCGUUAGGGGCUGGAUAGUUUCGAACAGUACAUGGCUUCUGAUUGUGCUGAUAAUUUUUCCAACAUACUGUGAAAUGAAUGUAUCGUUCAUGAUAUCGUCGUGAUGUUUUUCAAGUACCCUUUCAACAGCCUUUACAUCGUAACGCUCAUAUGCAUCUACAAGCUCAGUCAUGGAGAUAAUCUCAGGGUUAUUCUUAUAUGAAAGUGUUUCAGGUGAGUCGAAAGGGUUAAUUUUUGAUUCUGAAAGCAUGCUGGCAAGUACAAGAUAUUUUAAUACUUGUAUACGCGCGAGAGAUCCAGCUUCGUCAUAGCAUUUGAAAGCUUCAAAAAACUCUGUUUGGGCCUCCUUCCAUUUUCUCUCAAGCAUGUGCAUUUUACCGCCGCAUUCUCUGACAAUACCGAGAAUACGAGGAUGAGGGAUUGCACUCCGAACUCGUAAUGAUUUGUCAUAAAUUUCCUUCAAAUGUUUAGUAUCUUGAACUUCUGUGUAGAAUUGAAUUUCAAGCGAAUACAGCUCAAGAAUAUGUGCUCCGCGAUUUUGAUCAACUCCUUCCUCGUUGUCGAGAAGUUUGUGCAGUUGCUUCACUAUUGCCUUAAACUUGUGGAAGUUUUUUUGUUUCAGAAAAAAUUCAGCGUAUUUCAUAUUCGUUUUGAGCCAUAAACGGUUAUUUUGUUGCUUUUCGAGUGUCUUUAGAGUUGCUUUGUAAAAUUCAUCUAAGAACUUGGCAUUUUUGCUGUUCGAGGCAUACUCAAGAAUAUUGUUAAUACACUUUUCCGUGUAAUUGCGUGUUAAAUGAGUCGAGUUUAUACUUCCUAAAAGUUGUUGAUAGAGCCGUAGCAUCUACUUUAUUAGAAAAAUAAUCCUGCUAAUAACACCCCGAAAGAGUUACCUCUUCUUGUUUGUCC